AUGACAACGACAACAUCUCAGGCACCCGUAAACGGUUGUAUCACGGGACCACCUUCAUUCGAUCCUUAUGUAUUUAAAAUGUUAAGGCAUUGCCAUCUAUCGUCAAAAGCUUCGAGUCCUUAUUCGUCAUCAAUAGCAACAAAUGAGUUAAUUUUACAACACGCACUCGCUCAGUCUUAUUAUAAUCAUAAUCACAAUACUCAUGUAUCGUCGGGAAACGUAACAACAACUCACAAUUCAUCAAACUCAAAUACUUUACCUCCAAAUGUUGCUGUUACAAAAUCUUCCUUGGAUUAUAUUUCUCAUUAUCAAUCAUCAUUAGGUUCAAGAAAUAAUUCUUUAUCAACAAAAUUACCUUCGACAACAUCAAAUACAAACUCAAUAACUUCAACGAAUUCUAUGGCUAAAAUAGCAACAACAAAUGGUAAUUGGGAAGAUUAUUGUACGAAAAGCUUGAAAAAUGGCACAACAAAAGAGACGUGGGAUCAAUGGUUGCAGCCUCCACUUGGUGCUGUGAUCCAAGGACCAUCAUGUAUACCAGCAGAUAAAUCAGGAGAAAAAAGUGACACAACGCUAUGCGGUGAACGUAUUACAUGUUUUAUUGUUGGUGGUGAAAAACGUUUAUGUUUACCUGAAAUAUUAAAUACGGUAUUAAAAGAUUUUUCAUUACAAGAAAUUAAUUCAGCUUGUGAAAAACUUCAUAUUUAUUGUUCACGAUGUACAAAUGAUCAAUUAGAUAUUUUAAAAAUUACACAAGUUUUACCAUUAAAUGCACCAUCAUGCGGACUUAUAACACAAACAGAUGCUGAAAGAUUAUGUGCAAUAUUAUUACAACAACGAUUUAAAGGUCAUUUAUGGUCAAAUCAAUUUGAAAGAUUAUAUUCAAUUAAAGUUCAACAUAAAUGUUUUGGUAAAUGUUGUGGUUUACUAUAUCCAACAUUAUAUGUUAGUCCACAAGCUGAAUGCAUACAAUGUGACACAUGUCAAGCAAUAUUUUCACCUAAAACAUUUGUUUCACAUGGUCAUAAAUCCGAAGAAAAUCGUAUAUGUCAUUGGGGUUUUAAUUCGGAUAAUUGGCGAUCAUAUUUAAAAAUUCGUUCAACAGAAGAUAAUAAAGCUAGAGAAGAAUUAGAAUUAUUUAAAGAAAAAUUUAUUGCUGGGAAAAAACGACCAUUGUCCGAAUGUGUAACUUCGACAAAUCCAAGUGAAAAACGUCUUAAAUUAUUGCCAGAUUGGUCUGGAAAUACAGCGGCAGUUUCAAAUGCAUCUGUAUUAUUCGGUCAUAAUUUAAUUAAAAAAGGACAAGAUAACAGUAGUCAGAAUAAAUCAGAAGAAUAUCCUCCAUUUGGAUUACCCAGACCAACAUUAAUUAAUCCUUCAAAUGUGCAUAACGAUCUUAUUGUUAGAACAACGUUGAACAAUGAUGUGAAUAAAAUUCGAAAUGAAAAACAGAAAGAUAUUGAAUUAUCUUCUCCGGUAUCUACGCCAACUAAAGAAUAUUCUCUAAAAGUUGCUCGAUCCGUAUCACCUGAUCCCAUAUGUUCAUCAGCAACAUCAUCGAUAUCAACAACGACAUCCGUCUCAUUUAAUGAUUUUAGUGUGGAGGGUAUCAAACAAGUCGUUGAGACAACAGUUGCUACCCAACGUAGUCGUACACAAUUAAUUAAUUACAUAUCACAAUUACAACUGACAUUACAGGCUAAAUUAAAUACAGCAUUACAGUCACAAGUUGAAUUACAUGAGCGUCAAAAUUCAUUGCAACAUGAGAAUGAUAAUUUACGUAUAAAAUUACAAAAACUUGAUCAAGAAAAUUUUUCAUUAAAACAUCGUAUGGACCAAUUACUGACAUUAUCAUCGCCACCAAAAAGAGCUCAUCAUGAUCCGUCCAUUGAUUUAUACACAACAUCAGCAAAAAAGUUAUCUAAUCAUACAGUGAAACAUCGUCAUCAUAGUAGUAAGACAAAUUCUCCACACAUUAAAGACACAACAACAUCUUCAUCAGUAACAUCAACAGGAUCAAAAUGUUAUUCAUCCUCUCACAGCUCAAAUUCUAACUCUAGUUCACCUGUAACGACGGCAGGCAACUAUUCAUCGUUAUCAUCACGUUUGGGAUUACUACUGGGAACAACAAAUGGUCAUCACAGACAUGAACAUCAUCAAGAUGAUAGUGAUUCAACAAGUUCGAGUUCAAAUUCAUCUUUAUAUUCGCCUUCUGAGCAACAGCAACAACAAUCACAAUAUUAUAAAAAAUGUUUUUGUUGUACUGAUGCAUUACAAGUAGUUGAAACAAGCUCACCACCACCUGCGCCACUACUGCCGGUUCCAACACAAGAAGAACAUGAUCAACUCAAAGAAAAAGAAACGAAAAAACAACAGCAUAAAAAAUUAGAUGACAUUGUUGAUUCAUUGAAAGAACAACAAAAAAAGCAAAUGGAAGAAGAAGAUCAAGACAGCUGUGAAAAUGUUGAUGAUGACGAUUUAGAGGAAAAAAGUCAAGAACUAUUUAUUGGAGAGAGUCAGGAAGAUAUUGAAAAAGACAAAAAUGAAGAUGAGAUAGAAAUUAACGUUGAUGACGAUAUUGCUAUGCUGGAAAAAACAGAGCACGAUAACGCCAUCACAUCAGGAUACUAA